CGUGACUGUUUAUAUUCUCCAUUCUCCCACCUCCCCUGAAAACCAGAGAUCAAGAAAACCGAUCUUUUCUUCCCUAACCCAAUAUCCAUCUCUCUCUAAUCCUUUCAAUCUUGCAAAACCUCAAUCCAAAAAAAAAAAAAAAAUCAGGAACAGAGAGACCCCAUAAAGGCAGGCGUCUCUCUUUGUUCCUUUCAAAAAAAUGGCUAAAAUGAGAGCCCAUUAUAAGAAAAUAAUAUCCAUCAAACCUUCCAUAUUUACCCCCACUGAUAAUAAUAACUCACCAAAAUCCACCAAAUCAUCACCUAACAAGUUUUAUGAAGACACAAAUGGUGUUGUUGGUCUUGGAAUUGUUGCAGCCAUGUCCAAGCAAAAUAAUAGUAAUAAUAAUAAUAAAACUUCAAUUCUUGCUAUUUCUCCAAGGCCAUCAACUUCAAACCCAAUACCAAUCUUGAGUAAUAAUUCUAAUCCUAAGAAGAAGAAUAAACAACCUAGUAUUGAGGCAAUGGAGAUGUGUGAAGAGUAUACACGUGUGAUUUCUCAUGUGGGUAGUAAUUUGGUUAAGAAAAAAGAAUAUUUUGAUGAUCAAUUUCUAGGAAAUGUGUAUCAGAGACCAAAUGCUGCUGUUUUUGCUGCUUCUGUUCCUGUUGAAGCUUUUAGAUCGGCAGAGUUCCUGAAUACUUGCUCUUUUUGCCAGAAACAGCUUCAGGGAUUGGACAUUUUCAUUUACAGAGGAGAGAAGGCGUUUUGUAGCUCAGAGUGUCGUUUCAAGCAAAUCAUGAUUGACGAACACAAAGACAGGUGUGGUUCUGGAGCCAUGAAAUCCCCCGAGUACUCUACCUCCCCUUGCUCUGGCCCAAUGCAGUUUUCCACUGGUGUUGCUGUGGCAUAAGUCUUGCAUGGUACGCAAGUCGAUUAAGUAAACAGUUUAUACAGGUCCGGAAAGAAGAUUUUGGUAUCAAAGGAGUUAGAAGAUCUAAAAUUUGUGUUCAAUGUUGAGAAGGCAAUCACUGUUAAUGGAAUGUUUUUCUGCCUGUCAGAGGUGCUGAAGUUUUGUUAGAACCUAUUAAGAGGGAGAGAGUUUCUUAGUUUGGUUAAACUUACUGAGAAUACACAUCACAACUUUUAUAUCUAAAGACCACAUAUACAUAUUUACAUAUCUAAGUUUAUAAAAUUGGAAUCUAUAUGCAUUUUAGAUUCCACUAAACUUGUGGGAA